CGGCGCCGCGCAGCGCACGCGUAGUACGCGGCUAAUAAAACUGUUUACAUUCCAUACAUUCGACAUAUUUCGCCAGUCGCGUAUAGAACAUUUACCAAUAAUAACUUAAAAGUUGCUUUUAUAAAUGUGACUUGUAAUUUUUAUGUGGGUUCUACUACCGACAGAGGAAUAAUAUUUCUGCUGGACGAAAAUCUGGCCGUGCCACAUCAGCAGCGGAGUGCGAUGGUAUGCGCGGGAUGCGCGCGGGGCUGCUCCGGGCCGUGCUGGCCCUGCUCGCGGGCGCCAGCGCUGACGUCAUCUUCAGAGUGCCCACUGUUGUGGUACAUCCCAUAUCAGUAGCCAAGCGAGUGGGCAUCGAGUCGAACAGCAGCAGAGGCAACGAGUCGGAGGCCUGGAGCGAGGCGGAGGUGGACGUCAGCUACGAGGAGUACUUCGUGGAGCACGACGUGUCCACCGCGGACGCGAAGAGGGCCGCCGCGGCGCUCAAGCUUGAUGAUAUCCCCGAGACGCAAGACGGGUGCGGCGAGUGCACGCGGCGCGAGAUGGAGUACUGCGAGACGCGCGUGCUCGCCGACCACUGCUGCUGCGAGCGGCGCUUCCUGCCCGAGCCCUUCCCCUGGCUGCCGCACACGUGCUACAUGGGCCCGCACCGCUGCCGCCCGCUGGCGCACGACUGCGUGCGCUACGUGCGCCUGCGCGACUGCUGCUGCUAUCGCCACCUGGCCGACCGCUGGAAAGCCAUCCUAUCGCGGUCCAGCCGCGUGGGCGUAGGCGGCGCGUCGCUGCUGCUGCUGUCCAUGCUGCUGUUCGUGGCCUACUUGUGACCCGCGCCGGCGCCCGCGCGCGCGCCCGCGCACGUGUGAUGCGUCGCCGCCGCGCCGCCGCGCCGCCGCGCCGCCGCGCCGCCAGCGAUGUACGCGGUGAGUGCGGAGCGCUCGCAGCGCUGCACACUGUAGUGCCGGGCUGUGUGCGUGUGUGUAUACAUUGCUCGCAUGUGCGAUACAUUAUACUGUAUGGAUGGGCGAUGUAUGCGUGAUGAAAAGGAAAAUGUGUGGUGUAUACAUUGCUGGCUGUUGUGGUGCGAACGGUGCGAUGUAUGUUGAAUUUGUAAUGUUAUGGUUCACUUGUACUGUACGGUGGACGAGCACGGAGCGCGUGCGUUCGACUUGAGAUGUGUGUUCGCUUGUUUUGGCGAAAUGUUUAUCGAUUCCAUCUCAAUGAAUAUAUACGAUCACCACUUGCAUCGCGAUAUAAGAUGUGAUUAUUAUCCCGGCAAACGAGAUUUAUAUGCACAAUUAAAAACGUAAUUUUACAGGAAGCUGCAAUAACUAUAAUACAUUCCUGCUUUUAAUAGACAUAUAUAUGUUUUAUGCUAUUCACGAGCGGGUAAUCAAUGUUCUACACAUAAAAAAUUUCGUUUUCUUUAUGAUAUUUUAUUCGAUUGAAAAUAAGUAGUAACCUCUAUAUAAAGCUUUGCGUUUCUAUAAAUAUCCGAAAUACAGUUUGUGUGAUAAUUCGUUAUAAAGUUUUAGAAGGAGUAAAUACUAUGCUUGUUAUUACCAAUUAAAAUUACACCUUUUAUUCUUAGCCAAGUAAUAAUCGAACAUAAAGGAAUAUUUGUACUAACUCCAAGGAAUUGCAAUGUAUCACUAAAUCUCUAAUGAAAUUUGUAGAACCUAUAAAAAAUCGGAUAUUCGCACAAUUUUUCCUAUAACUUUGACUAGGAUUUGUCUAAUAGUAUAUUAUCUAUUUCAAAGAUAAACAUAAAAAGAAGCUUGCUGUAAAUAGGUUAAGAGCUUUUCCAAAGAAAUCGAGUACAAUGUGGUAUUUAUUGUGCCUGUUAGCAGACUUCACAAGCUUUUUCAUCACAGUGCGUUGGGGGCAAUAUUGAGUCUUAUCAAUAGAUAACUUCUCAUUUACAUGUUAUAUUAUUAAUAGAUUUAGAAAAUUAUUCAGUUAAUUUGAAUGUAAUCUUUAUUGUGGCUCUAAAAAUCAUUUCAGGCAUUGAAAAAUCACUAUUUUCAAUUUAUAUAAGCCAACACACAAAAUACUAAUGUAAUGACCACUUUUCGAUAUAAAUGCGAAAGGAGUAUUUCAAUCAAUAAAUACACAUUAGAGUUAACAUAGAUUUUGUGUUAAGAUUGCAAUAAAAAUAUCUACAACUUUCAUGUGGGUAUUAAUGAUUUUCAUAUUUUAUAUUACUUGUAGAUAACAA